CGCGCGAUUCCUUUGUAUACAAGAUUCAUGCGUCAGCCAAUUUUUAAAACAAAGAAGCAGAAUUUUGCAACUUGAUCAGAACCAAAGACAUAUAAAGUAACAUUUUUAUAUAUCAAGUGAAUGGAAUAGGAUCCUAUAAGUUUCCUUUUUUUUUGACGCGAUUUAAACUUGAGAUUUCAUAGUGAAACGAAUUGACAAGGCUUUCAAAGGACCUGAAAGAAGCCAAAAAUCUCUCCAAAGAAUCGUUGUCUUUUUUAUUAAGAGGAAGGAAAAAAUGAUCAGUGGACUCGCAAGACAUGUGCUUCACGAAUGCUUAUGGACGGUUGACACCAACGGACAAAGACAGGGAAGGGAAGCAUUUUUCUUCUGACUCUUUCUUCAGAGAAUUUGGGCCACAAAGAUUGAAAUCUAAAUGGAAGAUUAUAUGCUUGUAUGAAUUACCUGCUCGUUUACGUCAAAGAACAUCUAUGUGCGUCCUCCGUAAGCGUUCAAUUCCACAAGCGUUCGAUUGUUUUACUUACUAUGGCUCUUCUCUACUUUGUUCAGUUUGGCUUCUAUGUUUUCAUACUUUGUUGAUAAGUUCGUCGCUAUGUUAUUACUAAGUCUGUCGUUUACCCUUAACGCCUCUCACUUCAUCAUAACAAAAAAGCGAGCAAAACAGCAUAAGCGCUCAUUUGUAUACAUAUACACUUCAAUUUAUAAUGUUUUUCUUUGUUUUUGCUGGAUUUGCUCUUGUAGCGCUCGUAGUAACUAUUGUUACGAUGAUUCAUAGCUAUUUCCUAAAACGUCGACAAAAAGCUGCUGGGCAAGCCAAACCCACUCCACGUGGUAGAGCCACCGAAACUGGCAAUAUGCCGAAUCGUUCGCCGGGUUCUCCAUUACAGACAGAUACUGUCCCUGGGUUUCCUGCUCCGCCUUCUGUACAUUAUUAUGCCACAUACCGCCAUCCACAGACCAGGACAACGACAACCGUUACUGAAGACCAACCUGAUGAAGUUCCUCCUCCAUACACAGCGGCUAUCCGAGAGAAUGUUUCGGAGACGUCGGAUCAUACGCAGAGUCCAAGAGGACAAGAAGAAACCACUAGCAGAAAUAGGCACGAAAGACCUCGGUCUCCUCCUCCAGUUUAUUUGCCCCCAGAGGAAAUGGUUUAAACCGCUUCAACGAUGAAUUUUCCUGAAUCUUUACCUUUAUUCGAUUACUGGUACGGGUAUUAUAUGUACGAAGUCUUUACGUUGUUUCUAUAUGAACUGUUAAUUUAUUUAAUUAUUUUACACCAGCAACUCUAGCUCUACAAUCUUCGAUUAAUAGUAUGAACUCGAGCUAGAGUUGUUUGUUCCUUUUUAUGACAGAGUUACAGACGAUUCUUAAUGAUAUGAAUAUUUUGCGGG